AUGGAUGAAUUUCAAAAUGACAUAAAUGAUAUUGAGACAAAUUUAUGGUAUUCUUCUGUUUCAGAAGGUUAUUUAGAUACGAAUGAAACUUCUGAAUUAGAAGAAAUUAAUGCAAGUCAAGAACUUAAUACACGUGGAAAUUUCGACACAUUAACAAACAUUUCAAGGAAUAUAUACAUGUUUUUGGAUAUGGU